UUAUAGUAUAAUUUAUCUAUCUGUUACUUGGUUUUAGGUUCUUCUUCGUGGUGAGUUAAAUGGCAGUGGAGGAAUUUUCCUGGAUGAUUUGUCGAUCGAGACGUUCAGUUCGCCAGUAAUCAUUCAAAGGAAAACUAAUCAUUUAUCCAGUUUACACGACUCAGUGUCUAUGAAGUGUUCGGUCUACAACUCAUUCAACAUCACCUGGUAUCAGGAUAAUCAUCGAAUCAAACAAGGCAAAACCUACACCAUUGUUGAAAGCGUGGUUUCCAAUAAAAAUGUAAGCGUGUUGAUUGUCAGCAAUCUCAACUGUCAAAUGGCGGGAAAUUAUACAUGUGUAGCGGCGAACGACUAUGGCACUGACCAACGACAAUUCACACUUAAAAUAUUAGAUGUGCCCCGGCAACCAUCAAAUGUCAUAAUAGACCCGACGACAAAGCAGAUUACAUGGGCAGAGGUUGCGGGGUACGAGUGUCUUCCCGAGUCACAUUUCGUGGUGGAGUACAAGAAGACCCAAUCAAGGAAUUGGACGACUGCUGGAUAUUUUGAAAACAGAAGAUUUGAUCUUAACGCCUCUAAAGGAGAGAUAUAUGAUGUGAGGAUCUACGCCGAAAACUUCAUUGGAAGAAGCCCGCCAUCGGAGGUUGUCACUUUUAGGACAAAUGUUGAACCAAGCGAAAUUCAAAUUUUUGUUAAUAAAGUAACGGUCCAGGGGUCGACAAUGUUUUUACAAAGAGGAGCAAAAGUGAACCUGAGAUGUGAAACUACAGCGGAACCGAGCCCGUCGUUUUCGUGGAUAAUUCCCAGGCUAUACAAUAACAUCUCCGCGUACGGACCAUCUUGGGUCAGCGGCAUCAAAUGGCAACACACAUUGGUUAUAAAAAGCUUGAACUGUCUCAAUUCUGGUGACUACAAAUGUUUACCCAAGAACGUGGUUUCAGAACGAGAAUCUUCGUCUGUAGCAAUACGAGUCACAGAACCCGAUCCGCCGAAAACGUUUGGCGUUUUCUUCGUCAACAUUACAUCUGUGCUCAUCUCUUGGACAGCCAUCACUUGUAACUAUGCGUUUCCAAGUGUGAUGACAGUUCGAUACAGACAAGAGGGUGCAACUGCCUGGAUCGAGAGACUCUUCAACUUAAACCCCGCCAAGGAUUUCGUUCUCACAGAACAGUUUGAAUACAAAACAGUCUACGAGUUUAGCAGUCGCCUUAAGUAUGAAGGCCGCUUUGGUGUUUACAGCCCAUUCAUAAAAAUGCUAUCUCCAGGUACAUUGGUUGCAACAUUUUUCAGUUCUUAGAGAGUCUCAUGUUUAAAGUAUGGAUAGUAACUAGGUUUCACUGUCACAGAACGAAAGCUUUAGAGUAAUCGCACUGAAAGCGAUUAAGAAUUAGCGUAACAAGACUGCAAGCAAAAAUAUUCUACAUAAGAAGUCAAAUUCUUCUUGCAUUUUGAUUGGUUUUUAUUUAUAAUCUACUGGAGGACAGACGCAUGUUGCUGUGCAUCCUUUCAGUACUAGAUCACAGACUGGUCAAAAUGUGGUACGAGCAUCAGUAACGUCACCCUCGGCUGUCGCCUCGUAUCCCACUUAACUGUUCUUACCACAUUUUGAACCCCUAUGUUGUGAUAGGUUGCUCUAUGUUAUGCUAUGUUAAUUCUGCUCUCUUGUGCUGCUUUGCCACGUUGGGCUAUGUUGUGCCAUUUUGUG